GUUGCCCUUCAACGAGACCAGUUGAGUCUUUUGAAGGACCGUGGUGGUCUACUCGGGCCGCUUGCCUCAGUGGCGAUGGCCAUGAAGUUUACGUCGAGUCUAGUGGCAUGAGUAUCUAUUUUCCACCCCGGCUGAUAUCUUGCAGAAAGAUGUAUAAUGUUUAGACGGUUCCCUAUGAGGUUUUUGAUCAAACAGCUGAUCUGCAGUUGGCAUGGCCCCAACGGGUUUGUGGGAAAUGUGAGGCUGAAGGAAUGUUUUGUGGGUUUAUGAGUAACAGCACUAGUGAUGAAUUUGAAUGCUUCAAACCACCUAAAAAAGGUGAACUGAAAAGGCGGCUAGUUAUUGCAAGUGUGACUUUAGGCUCAUUUUGGCUUCUUGCAAUCCUCAUUGCAAUGUAUUGGUUCCAUAGACAAAAGAAAAUAAAGAGAGAGUAUCAUCUAAAGAUUGAGAGGUUCUUGGAGGAUUAUAAAGCUUUGAAGCCGGCAAGAUACUCUUAUGUUGAUAUCAAGAAAAUUACAAAUCAAUUUAAGGACAAAGUAGGCCAAGGAGGAUAUGGAACAGUUUAUAGGGGACAACUUUCCAAUGAUGUUCACGUUGCGUUUAAGAUACUCAAUAAUACUAAGGGAAACGGCGAAGAGUUCAUUAACGAAGUGGGAAUAAUUGGUACAAUCCACCACGUCAACGUGGUUCGCUUAGUUGGAUAUUGUGCUGAUGGAUUUAAAAGAGCUCUUAUAUACGAGUUCUUAGCAAAUGAUUCCCUGGAAAAGUUUGCAAUAUCUAAUCAUGACAAGCAUUUACUUGGUUGGAAAAAGCUUCUAGAAAUUGCUAUGGGUAUAGCUAAAGGUAUUGAGUAUCUUCACCAAGGGUGUGAUCAACAAAUCCUUCAUUUUGACACUAAACCACAUAACAUUUUGUUGGACGAGAACUUGAAUCCAAAGAUAACGGAUUUUGGUCUAGCAAAGUUGUGUUCAAAGGAACAAAGUGUUGUAUCCAUGACUACUGCUCGCGGUACCAUUGGCUAUAUUGCACCGGAAGUGUUCUCAAGGAACUUCGGGAGUGUAUCAUACAAAUCAGAUAUUUAUAGUUUCGGAAUGUUGUUACUUGAAAUGGUAGGAGGGAAGAAGAAUUUUGAUGUUAUGGUCAAUAGCACCAACCAAAUUUACUUUCCUGAAUGGAUUUACAAUCGUUUGGAUAGUGGAGAAGAGCUAAGAAUCCGUAUUCAAGAUGAAGGAGAUGCCAAGAUUGCAAAGAAGUUAGCAAUUGUGGGACUUUGGUGCAUUCAAUGGUAUCCUGUUGAUAGGCCUUCAAAGCAUGUUGUGAUUCAAAUGCUGGAAGGAGACGGAGACACUCUAAUCAAGCCUCCCAAUCCAUUUGUCUCCGCAAAUCCACCAAGGGUCACAGGACAAGCUAGCAGAAGGCCUCAUAACAACGAGUUGGAAACUCUUGUUGAGUGUGAGUGAGAAAGAUAUAGUCUCUAUCUGUUGUAUCGUUGAGCCUAAGUAGAAAUCUCCCUAUCAUCAAUUGACAUGUGACAAAAUUUUGACCU